UCUAUUGCUCUUUAUUGCUAAAUACGAUUAUUUUGUUAUGAAAACAUCAAGAACAUUGGCCUUGAAUUGAAAAGGAGAGACUCUGUAUAUGAACUAUAUCGCUGUAGAACUAGCUCCAGACAUUGGUCCUCAUGAUCACUGUACAACCAUCUAAUUCGGAUAGGCGUAUGAGCCAUCUUCUCCCAACUUCUGUCUGGCAGUUCUCAGACAAAAGGGUCCAUUAUGCUUUCACCAUUCAUUGACUACUCAAUACAUUCAGCCAUCGGAUCCAGAUUCUGACUCAUACCUGCUUACUGUUUACUUCAUUUGUUGUGGAUCCCAGUGUCUGUUGCAGUCUCAACAAUGAAUCAACUUUGAUUGAUCACAGUUUGCUGUUCAACAACUAGACAGAAGGUACAGGCUUAACCACCGCUAUGCUAUACCUCGAUGGUUUUAAUUUCGGACUUGAAAAAACAUGAACACCUCAUAAACAUCCUCUCACAUCCACCCAUCACAUGGCCUUGCUUCCCAUGGAAUGCGACCGUUCACGGAUUUGUUAACAUAUAAUAGCCGCUUCCUUUGCCUUCUAUCCAUCACAAAACAAGCAUUCAGCAUUCAGCUUUCUUCCCCUACUUGACUCCUCUUAAGUUUUUGUGCUUAACAAACAAAAUGAUCAGUGCAAAAAAGCUCGUUAAACUGGCAAAGAAAUGGCAGAAGCUGGCUGCUCUGAGGCGUAAGAGAAUCGCAUUGCCACCAAUGGAGACAAGCAGUUGUAGCGCAUCAGAAUUGGCUGAUAAGGGACAUUUUGUUGUGUACUCGGCUGAUCAUAAACGCUUUUUGCUUCCUCUGAGUUAUCUUAACAGUGAAAUUGUCAGAGAACUGCUCAAACUGGCAGAAGAGGAGUUUGGACUGCCUAGUGAUGGGCCUCUCACGUUGCCCUGCGAUGCAGAGCUUAUAGAAUAUGCAGUUGCUUUAAUCAAACAGAGAGUCACAAGAGCUGUAGAGAAGGCAUUGUUGGUGUCCAUAGCCAGCAGCCGCUGCUCAUUGUCUUCUGAUGUCUAUCAUCAAGUAACAGACCAUCAAUUACCAAUCUGCAGCUUCUGACGAGCAGAAUUAGAUUUGUAAAGAAUGCAAACAACUAGAUAGAUUUUGUAGAAUAUUUUCAUUAUCAAUGAUAUAAAUUUAGUGAAUUCACCAGAAAUUCUGGUUUAAUGAUAUAAAUAGUAUUGCGAUUUUGCAUUA